AUGAGCCCCGAACGAGUCGCCUUUGUCGUCGAGGAAUACGGCACCAUUCGAGUCCUCUGGGAGACCUUUCGUCACGCCCGUAUCCAAGAACAAACUGCAAUCAUGGCCAAAGCCGCAGAACGCGUGGCCCCCGUCGGCAACUCGAGCCAAACGAGACCCCCAGAGACCAAAGUGGUCAAGGCAGAACUCUUGUUGGCCAAUCUAGGUAAAGGCAGGCGACGGAUCGGUAACGAACUCUCCUCCAAGAUUUACGACUUGUUCAUCAAGGACGAUCAGAUGGCUUCCAUGUUGCCUACUUUGCCCAAUGUCGCAAGACUCAGCGAGCGUGUCCUACGUGUCCUUGGACAGAAUCCUGGGCCAUAUACCCUGCAAGGAACAAACACCUAUCUCGUUGGAAAGAAUCCCGGUCCAUUCGUCCUCAUCGAUACCGGAGAAGGAAGACCAGAGUACAUACCAUGCCUCAAGGAUGCGCUUCUCUCCAUCCCAGACGCUAGGCCGCCAUUCAUCUCGGACAUUCUAAUCACGCACAAGCACCGAGAUCACCACGGUGGACUCGCCAGCGUGCUCAAAACGCUUAAAGAGCUUUCUAACCAAACGGACCAAGAAUCCGUAGCCUAUUGCGGCCCCCGUCUCCACAAAUUUCCCCUCCCACCUGAUCAGAUCCAUGAUCAUUAUAUACAGGGACUGGCAGAAACAUUGGAUCCUACUCUAUACACUGUACCCUCGUCUCCAACAACGUCGUCUCCCAACGAAGCACCAUUUCACCCGCUAAAGGACGGUCAGGUCCUCGAGUGUGUAGGGGCCACCCUCGUCAUCAAGCAUACGCCAGGUCACACUAUGGACUCUGUUUGUAUCCACCUUUCCGAAGAAAAGGCCCUUUUCACCGCAGACAGCGUCCUGGGUCAUGGUACGGCGGUCUUUGAGGAUCUGUCCGCGUACAUCUCCUCGCUUCAGAGACUCUUGGCCCACGCCAAUCAAUCAGGAGGGCUACAGUGUAUCUAUCCUGGCCACGGUCCCGUGCUCAAAGACAACCUUGCCGAGGCCACCAUUCAACAUUAUAUCGACCACCGACUCGAACGAGAAACCCAACUCGUCGCACUUAUGCGCUCGAGAGUGGGGCCUGAAGAGGCCUGGACUGUCGAGGAUAUUGUUGCCGCCGUCUACCCUGAGAAUAAGGUCGAGUAUCAAAAACGGAAGCGAAUCAAGAGGUAA